AUGCUCGUGGCUGAUGGUGGCGAGAACAAGCCAGCUCCCUCAGAAUGCAGCUCCGACGUGAUCAUUGUCGACUGGUCCGGCCCAGAUGAUCCUGAAAACCCCUUCAACUGGCCCGAGUACAAGAAAUGGCUGGUGACAGUCAUCGCCUUCUUCAUGACGUUUGUUUGCUUGAUGAACGGGACCAUUAUCACUGUGGCGCAUGAGGCCAUCAACGAGGAAUUCAACAUCAGCGAUGCGCACUUCCCUCACUCGUACUGGCCCGUGACGAGCUGGGCCAUUGGGGGCGGUAUUUUCUCGUUGAUCGUGCUUCCUAUCAUGGAAGACUUUGGCAUCCGGUACACCUUCCUCCUCACACAUCUCCUCCUCAUCAUCUUCGUCAUCCCGCAGGCUGUGGCCCGGAAUUUCGCAACCCUGGUCAUCACCCGCUUCUUCGCCGGCGGAUGCGUGACGAUCCUGGGAAACAGUGCUGCCAGCAUCAUCGGCAACGUGUGGCAGACAGAGAAAGAACGCAACAAGCCCGUCACUCUCUGGAUCUUCGGGUACCUCGCCGGGAGCAGCAUUGGACCGGUGGUGGGCGCAUCGAUCUUCCAGUUUCUGUCAUGGCGCUGGAUCUCAUACAUGCAGCUGAUCUGGUACGGCAUCGCCUUCGUCGUGAAUGUGUUUGCACUUGCCGAGUCGCGAGACUCGGUCAUCUUGAAACAGCGCGCGAAAAAGCUCCGCGCCCAGGGGAAAAACGCGUACACUCAAUGGGAACUCCAGGGCGGCUCGAUGCGCGGGCUGAUCAGUGUCAGCGUGCAGAGGCCGCUCAAGAUGUUUUUCACCGAGUACGUGGUCUUUUUCUCGACGUUGUGGUCUGCCUUUACCGUGGGAACCCUUUACCUCUUUACCCAGUCGGUUGAGCAGGUUUUCACGGGGCUCUACGGAUGGAACCCUGUUCAGGCUGGCUACGUCCAGGCCGCGGUUGUCAUCGGACAGGCACUGGGGUGCUCAUUCUCGAUUAUUUCGGAGAGACUAUACUUCGGAUCUGCGACGCGCAACAAAGAGAUUCCCGGUGUGCCAAUCCCCGAAUCACGGCUUUACCUCUCGGUGGGAGGGGGCAUUAUUGGAAUGGGCGGGGGUAUGUUUGUGUACGCCUGGACGUCGUAUCCGGAUCUGCCGUGGAUCGCACCCGCAGUCGGGCUGUUCAUGGUGGGCAUGGGAAGCGUGGUCGUGGUGACCGGGCUGGCGGAUUAUAUUGUCGACGCCUACAGCAAGUAUGCAGGCACGGUCAUGGGGACCGUUGCCAUGGGCGAGAACACCCUGUCGGCCUUUUUGCCUCUUGCGACGAUGAGCAUGUACAAGACAAUGGGCUUCCAGUGGGCUAGCACACUCCUUGGAUUUAUCAGUCUGCUGCUGGUUGUCGCCCCGAUCUCGUUCUUGCUCUGGGGGAAGAAGAUUCGCGACCGGAGUCCGUAUAUCAGGGAGGCGAUGAUGGAGAAAUAUGCGGAUGUCCUCGGGGAGACAGUCUAG